AUGCGAGAAGGCGAGACUCUCAAAACGUAUUCAAAUAGAUAUUGGGAAAUGUUUAAUGAAAUAGAGGGAGAAAAUGAUGAUGUGGCCAUAAGUACUUUCAAGGCUGGCCUUCCAGCUGAGCAUGAUUUAAGGAAAUCUCUAACUGGUUCUGCUGACACCCAGGUGGUUAAUGCAGUGUUUCGGGAGCCGGUGCAGCAGGUAUUGGAGAAGAUAAAGAAUGAGCCCCUUUUUAAGUGGCCAAACAAGAUGGCAGGAGAGCCUAAGAGACACAACCCGAACCUUUACUACCACUAUCAUCAGGAUCAUGGGCACACAACGGAGGAUUGUAGGAACUUAUGGGACCAUUUGGAGCAGUUGAUCCGAGAGGGGAAAUUAAAGCAACUCUUGCAUCAUUCCAGUGGUAGGGUAAGCCAGGCAGGCUUAGAAAUGCGUGGGGACACUUCUUUAAGACUCCCCCUUGGUAUGAUAAACGUUAUUUUUGCCGCCCCAAGGAGGACUGGAUCUUGUCCUUCCAGGGUACUGUCGGUGUUCCGACCUUCGACCGAGGAUCAUUGCCAAGCGUUGAAGAGAGCCAGGGUGGACGUCCCCCUGAUUUUGGGUUUUUCGGAUGAGGACAAGGUUGGAAUCAUACAGUCCCAUGAUGAUGCUCUAGUGGUCACAUUGAGAAUUGGUGGGUACGAUGUCAAAAGGGUGAUAAUUGAUCAAGGUAGUGCUGUUGAUAUAAUGUACCCAGAUUUGUAUAAGGGUCUAGGUCUGAAGCUAGAGGACUUAGCAGCCUACAGUUCCCCUCUGGGGAGUUUUGAGGGAAGGAUGGUCGCUCCAAACGAAUAG